AUGAUUUGCUUAGGCAAAGCAUUCUUCCGUUCGCAACCGGCUAGUGCGACGCGUCAUAAGGAGGCUCCGCGCCCUGGGGCGUUCGCAUCUGGUAAACCACUAGGAGUGUGUAUACUACGCACCUCCAUAACUUCAUAUUCGCCUCUUCGAACGCACAAUCUAGAGCAUCAACUUGAAAACUCUGAAGACGCCAUUCUCCUCCCCAGGAAAGAAUUCACUUCCGAAUACAGUGCGGCAGAUUCCUCAUUCGAAUGGCCCGCUUGGACUGCACUGAAACUCUCCGUCCUCGCAAUUCCGCGCAAUGCCCAUGGGGUGCGCCAGCCUAACCAGUUUCCAGGUCUCGAAUUUAUCGACGAUCUCCGGGAAGAGCAAAAGGGUACCACCAAAGAUGUACUUCCCAAGCACCAUCAUACGGGCGAACAAAGCCUUACUGACCAAAUGCAGUUCUUCGGGCUCGCACGUUAUCCUGAGAGAAUGACGCAAUGUUCUAUGUACCAGUGGAAAUUUGGCCCUUCUAAAUUCGCCUCUUGCUACAUCGACAGUGUCGUUCCCACUCUCAAAGAUGGUCUUGCGGUCAACAAGACCUAUACUUCAUUUGGCACCCUGACCAAAAUCCAGAUUUGGAACGUUACCACUCCUUGA